AUGGCGGCUCUUGACCCGGCAUCAGGGCUGAUGCUCAUUGCCAGCUCCCUCACCCAAAAUGAGAUUCCAUUCAAACUGCGAUGUGCAAUGUGCAAUAAGCUUGCCCUGAAUGCAUUCCGCCUUCCGUGCUGCGACCAGGCAAUAUGCGACAGCUGCCAAGCGUCACUGCCGGAAAGUUGUCCGGUCUGCGCUCAUACCCCGCUCUCCGCAGACCUAUGCAAACCGAAUAAAGCCCUAAGGACAACCCUCAAAGCAUUCCUGCGCACCGAGGAGAAAAAGAGAGAGAAAGAUCGCCCCCCCGCUGCUUCAACUAGUCCGGCUGCUUCGGCUGUUCAAGCUACUUCCCCCAAACGAGCUGAACCAGAACCAGUUUCCCAAACUAAUUCAGAUCUCGCACCUGUAACGAGCACCUCUGUGGUAGACCAGGCGGAUGAUAUCCGAGAAGUCAGCGGUACAAGUCGUACAAGUAGUGCCGCCCCCACGGGAACUGACCACCCUGAUCAUUCUACGGGCAGCGUAGAUGUGGUGGAUAAGAUUAGUGACCCUCAAUCGCAAACUACGGCCGCAGAUGCUAUUGCUACCAGUCAAGGCAGCGGCGACCAAGGCGACGAACAACAUGGAAAUCCCGUGGGCGAAAGCAGCAACGAAUCCGCGGAGGAAGGCACUGGUGCUGACCCCACCGGCGCAUUGACGCAGACGCAGACGCAGACGCAGGCGGAGCCUCCAGCCACAGACGACAACACGCCUGCCCUUGCUGAUUUCGGUUCGGGUCAGCCUCAUGGAUCUUCGACUACCUCCAUCUCUUCGGACGCCUAUGGAAGUGGAAGUGGACAUGGACAUGGACAUGGACAAGGAACGGGAUACGCUAUGAAUGGGAUGAAUGGUGUGGCUGGAAUGGGUGGAAUGAGUGGCUAUCCGCAACAGGGCUGGCAAGGGGGCGUAAAUAGCUUUGGUCAUAUGGUACAGUCGAUGCCCAGCGGCGCCCCAGGCAAUGGGUUGAUGCCAUUCCAGAAUCAGAUAGCAAUGUCAGGGUUAGGCAUGGAUCCGAUGGUGUCGAGUCAGGGGAUGUUUGGAGGAUAUGGUAUGAAUAUGAAUGGCAUGAAUAAUGGGGUGAAUAUGGGAAUGAACUUCAACGCAGUGCAUGGCAUGUAUGGAGGAGCAUGGGAUGGUCAUCAGAAUAUGUGGAAUGGAGGUCCAGAUAAAUUCAAUGCAAAUCCAUUCGCGAACCGCAUGGGUGCUGAAUUUGGCCCUAGUCAUGGUGGAUAUCGUGGAUAUAAUCUGUCCCAAAGCUACGCAAAUUAUCCUCACAUACAUCAACAACACCAAUAUCCUAGCAAUGACUUCCACGGCAAUGUUGCUCCUGGCUUUGGCCGUGGCCGGGGCUGGGGUCGUGGGUUUCUUCCCGGUGGCCGCGGACGUGGUGGAUUUAUUAUGUCUGCAAUGCAUGGUAGUUACCCAUCGUCUACUGACCAAGGCCCUUUUCAUUCCCACAACGCCUUGCAAGCCAAGCCUCAAAAUGACCCCGUAUCUGGUGAUCCUAAUGGUACUGCUUCUACAUUCAAUAUGGACUUGGAUCAUAUCAAAAAGUUUAAUGAUGAUCUCUGCCCGGGCGGCGAGAAGGACCUUAAAGAGAACCAGCUUACAACCGAACCAACGACAGUAUCCGUGCAAAACAAGGCUACCAGCGAAUCGCCUUUACCAACUGGAGAGCACAACAAUUCCAACAGAACUGCUGAUGGUUCGCUCCCAGCCAAUCAAGCAAGCCAAUCCAGGACAGAUAUCCAGGUAGGUGCUGUAGCACGGCAAAAUGACCAUCUAGAGCAUGGUAAUAACAACGAUGGGGCCUAUACAAAGCUACCUAAUGCAAGUCGAGAUACUACAUCCCUUUCUUACGAAAUGCUACAGUCUUCCCCGACGCGACUGUUUGCCCCUUAUCGCAGCAACACCAUGUCGAUGGAGUCUCGCGGUGUGGGUGUUGUCGGAGCGCCAGCUGCUCCUAGAGCCAUGAGGGAAGGGCUGCCUAACAUUAGCAUACGCAAUGGUAGAGGAUUCCCGUCUCUGCUGCGAGGAGGCGGGUCCAUUUCAAAACGGGAUAAAGAGUCCCACAGCGACUCGCCGCCUCACUCACGGGAACCGUCUAUUUCCAGACCAAAAUCAGUAUCAAGAUCCCCUUCUCGACACCGGUCUCGUCAUCACCGCAGACAUCGACAUCGAUCCCGUUCGCCGAGCAUAUCUGGGAGCGACCGAGGCAAAGACGGAAGCCGGGAUCGCAGGCGAAAAUCUCGUCACGAGGACUAUGGUCAGGAUGACCAGAGCUCCAAUCGUCGGGACUAUAGGGACUCACGAUCUCCAUCACCGUCUAUGGAGCCUUCAAAAGGUUUGCAGCAUCGGUGUAAGCGCGACAAGGAGAGAAAGAUUGACCGCAAGACAACCUCGACCCAUUGGUCACAUCGGCAUCGUACACGGAGCUUAAGUCCUAGGCAUCGUGACCACGAGCUUGGUGAUGGGGAAGUUGUUGGGGUUGACCCCAACAUAAAACCGCCGAGCUCGGAGGAGAAGCUUGAUCUUGCGAUACGAAACAGUGACCAUCGUUCUAACAAGGACCGAUCGGGGAUUGAAGGUAAACCAAGUCGACAACGGGACCGAGAUCGGGAUCGGGACAGGGACAGGGAUAGAGACAGGGAUAGGGAUAGGGAUAGGGAUAGGGAUAGGGAUAGGGAUAGGGAUAGGGAUAAGGAUAGGGAUAGGGAUAGGGAUAGGGAUAGGGAUAGGGAUAGGGAUAGGGAUAGGGAUAGGGAUAAAGAUAGGGAGCGAGUUCGAGAGCGUGAUCCAAAACGCGAACGGGACAAAGACCGUGAAAGGGAGCACGAUCGCGACCGCGAUCGCAAACGGUCUCGUCGUGAUCGAUCAGUAUCUCGAGAAGAUACUGAAAUUUCUCGUCGCCACGCACGGCGCCUCAAGCGAAACGAAGCAGAAGAGCAAAAGGCUAUAGAUCGAGAGAAGAAAUCAACAGAGCAUCGCGAAUCCCGGCUUCAAGAAAAAGACCCACAUACUCUAGAACGUGAGGCGCGAAAUCGUGAGCGACUCUUAAAGGAACAGCAGAGGCGGGAAGCAAUGAAUGCCGACAGGGAUGGCAGAUGUAAUCGGAGCCGCGAGAACCGGCAAGGUAGGACUUUGGGCGGAAGGCAUCUCAGUUACAAGUACGAAGACGAGGAAAGUGAUCAAGCCAGAGCUGAGCGCGUCGAGCUUGAACGAGAAGCUGCUCGAUGGGCUUAA